GAAAAAAUUACCUUUAUUUGCGCGGGAAAGGUGGAUUUUCAAUAACCCACUCUCCAUUACAGUUACUCUUCUUCAGGAGGAACACCCGCCCAAAAAGAGAGAGAGAAAGAGAAAGAGAAAGCAAGAGCAAGAUUGUGAAAACCAUCCCCAAAUUCCCCACAACUGAAAACCUAAUCUCCAAACAAUAAUAAUAACAUCGGCAUAAAACGAUCAAUCGAUCGAAUUUUCAAUCAUGGCGCAAGCCCAUCCAGAGAAGAAGCUCAUCGACCAAGAAACUUCUUCUUCGCUACAGAGUACCGCCAGCAGUAAUAAUAAGGAGAUGAUGAUGAUUACAGCGAUGAUCAAGGAGAAAGCCAAGCCACCGCCCACCACCCCCACCGCCGGCAGCGACAGCACAGCUUCGGCCGGUGGCUGCGGUGCUUCGUUCAAAUUCAAUGCGCAUGCUCCCGAGUUCGUACCCAGAUCGCGUUCCGCCGGCGUCGCUGCCAUCGCUGCGGCCACGACCGCUGCCGCGCAGCAGCAGAUGUCGCCGAUCUCCGGAUAUUUCUACCCUUGUCUCCACUACCUGAGCGCCACCGGUGGCUCCGAUUGGUUCUUCAUCGGUGAUCAGGACGCUUCUUCCGCUGUGGGCGCCGCUUAUUUGAUCUCGAACCCUAAUGUCGCGUUACCCAAUUGCUCCGCCAAGGAUGCCUCCCAGGUUCUCACCGAAGAUUUCCGCCAGAAAAUUGUCAAACAGGCAGAAUACCAGUUCAGUGAUAUGAGUCUCCUUGCAAACGAAUCGAUGUCAAAGCACCUGAGCAAAGAUCCUGAAGGUUAUGUGCCUAUAUCUGUCAUUGCUUCCACAAAGAAAAUGAAGUCCCUUACCAGUAACCAUCAUUUGAUCACCCAGGCACUCAAAUCAUCUCCAAAGCUCGUUGUGCAUGAAGAUGGAAGGAAGGUUAAACGUAAGUUUCCCUUCACUGAGAAAGAGAGAGAGGAAUUGCAGUCUCGCAGUGUGGUAGUGGAGAAUUUGCCUGAGGAUCACUCUCAUCAAAACCUUGAGAAGAUAUUUGGUGUUGUUGGAAGUGUCAAAACCAUCAGGAUUUGCCAUCCUCAGGAAUCAAGCUCUUCUCGGUCUAAAAGUGAUUUCUUCAUGAGCAACAAGCUACAUGCUCUAGUGGAGUUUGAGACACCGGAUGUAGCUGAGAGAGCGGUUGAGAGGCUGAAUGAUGAAAGGAAUUGGAGAAAAGGGUUGCGAGUCAGAUUGCUCCUUAGAUACUCGCCUAAAUCAGUGCUGAAAAGCAGGAGGUCGGAAUUCGAAGGCGUAUUGGACGACGAAGAGGGAUCAUUCUCUGAUUCACUUGAUGAUAUCUCUAUCCCAACAAGCACUGCAGAUCUCACUUCCGAGUCGAACCAGGUGGACGAAAUCUCUGGAUCAUCGAAGAAGGCGGCGGGAUGCGGAAGAGGGAGAGGGAAGGGAAGAGGUGGAAGGUUGCAAAGCCAUGGCAGUGGGAGAGGCCUUCUCUCGCCAUCUCCACAGGCUGUAACAAGCAGCUUCAGUCCAUUUGAGGCAGCAGCAGCGUCUGUUAAGUAUAAUGCGACAAAGGGUCCAAGAAUGCCUGAUGGAACCAGGGGAUUCGCCAUGGGAAGAGGCAAGCCGUUGAUGGUGGCUUCUCCUGCAACAGCAUCUGCAAUGGUGGAAUGAAUUCCAUGUUUCACUAAUCGACAAGUAGCCAUAUAGUUCCAUUUUUUGCUUGUUAUGUUUCCCUUCAUAUUUUUUUUCUUCUAAUUCCUGUUUUGGUGUAGAGGGUGAGAGGCAAGAAGAGCUUCUUCUUCUUCUUUACUUGGAGAAUAUGGCGCAAAUGACUUUUUGUCAUGUUUAGGAGGUGACAGAUACUUCUUGGGAUCAUCAAAUAAGUCUGGUGAGGUGUAUAGUACGAUUGGUGCAUGUAUGAAAUUGGUUUGUUCUUCUGACCAAACAAACAAAGGUGGUUAUGGUGGGCUUUUCCCCCCUUUAAUUGAGAUGAAAUUUUGGUUGAUUCUAUUACUGUAUAACAACACUUUUGCUUUGAAUAAAGAACUUGAUAACG